UUAACCUGAAGCUUUGGGUUUUCCGUGACAGAUCUUGGAGUUUCACGGGCCGGCGGUGUCCGGUCCCGUCCCGUCGGCGGUCGGCGCCAGCAUCGCUCUGGAUAAGAUCUGCUCGGCCGUGGCCAGUCUGGAGGAAGCGUCUCCUGUGAGCUCCUGUGAUGUUCUGGUGCUUCCUGUGGGUCAGUCCUCCACCAGCAGAGCCAUUAAAGUCACUCAGAAACUCUGGGCGGCCGGAGUCUCUUCAGACAUCGUCUAUGACGUCUCGCAGUCACAGGAAGCUCUUCUGGAGCACUGCAGACAAGCUGGGAUCACAUUCAUGGUGCUGGUGUCGGAUAAAGAAGGAAAUUACCUGAAGGUGAAGUCUUUUGAGAAAGACCGUCAGUCAGAGAAGAGGAUCCCCGAGUCAGAACUGGUCGAACACUUCAUCCAAAAGAGCCGGACCAAACUCUCCGAAGAGAGAAACAGAGAGAUUUCUGAGAGUUCUUCCCUCCAGAAUCCAAAGGGAUCAUUACUGGGAAACUCAGGUCUGUCUGAGUCACACGGGAGCAACACCAUGAAUGUGAACCUCGUACCGCCUGAGAAAAUCUCAGCCAGCAACCGACGGAGAUACGAGACGCAGAUCCAGACACGACUGCAGAAUCUGAGCAGCAACUUACAGAACAAGAGCAGCGACAUUGAAGUGCUGGCUGUCGAUCUGCCUAAGGAAACCCUCAUCAACUUCCUGUCCCUCGAGUUUGAUGGUGAGGAGCAGUUCAACAUCAGCGUGAAGACGCUUCUCUCUCGGCUGCCCAAACAGAGGUACCUCAAAUGCAUCUGUGAGCAGAUCUACCACUUCAAGAUCUCCAAAAGGGUGGCUGUGGUGGUUCUUUACAGCUACAGAGACGAUUAUUACAAGAUCCUGCUCUGAUUUCACUGUAUUUCAAAGCGUUAGAGAUUCUGUGAUUAAACCAAGCUGUAUUUGUACGGCGGAUUCGAUGCCAAAGGCUGAUGAGCGUCAUCUGAAGGGUCCAGUCAUCACUCAUAUUAUUAACGAUUCCUGUGAAAUCACGAUUGAAUACUGUACAGUCCACAACUGAAGGAAAUAAAAUAUUUUCCUGUA